AAUUUGCUUAUCAAUUCAGAACUGCGAGUGGAUUCGUUCAUUCGACUGUCAGUUGUUCUGGUGGGUUCGGUUGGUGAGUCGGACUUAAGUUUUGACUACUGAACAACGGGAUUUGGUCAAUUGUGGUGGAUUGCACUAUGGACAAUAUCGACUUUGGUUUAUUCUUCCUCGACAGUCCGUCUCCUCCUACUUCGUCGUCGGACAGUGACGACGGCACAAGUUCGCCACGUCACUCGACCGAUAUCGGCAGUUGUGUUUCAAGGACAGAAGACAUAGUUUUCGAUGUCGUCCCAAUGCACGCUACCAACACUGCUUCCCCCGUGGAAGACCUGCUACGGUGCAUGUAUGAGAUGCAAGGUCACUCCCCCGUUCUCCCAGUACACCCACAAAACCUUCAGCGACCUGGCACCCUGAACUUUUGCACUGCCCCAUUUUACCCCGACUCACCGACCAGUGACUAUGGGGGCAGUAGCAGCGAUGGGUCUCUCACACCAGAAUCUCCAAUCCUGGAAGAAGGUCACAAGUGCCACAUCUGCCACAAAGUAUUGAAACAUCUCCAAAGUCUCAAGCGGCACUGGAAACGGCAUCAAGAAGGGAAUACCAAGUACGUUUGUCGCAUAUGUUUAAAACCUCUGUCGACUCAGGCUUCACGAGUUCGGCAUGAAAAUUCACACAAGGGACGGGAAGAAGAAGAUGUCAGCGAAAAUGGUCAUCGCGGGUUUCGACAGGCGUGUCCAACUUGCGAGAAAAUGUUUUGGGAUCGGACACUAUUCGAACGGUAGACAUCAAACCGUGCACAGCGAGGAAAAAAUAUUGUCAUGUGAUUAUUGCCACGUCGGGACUAAAAGAUUCAAAACAAAGUGUACUCUCCACCGACAUUUAAAAAAAGCCCACAAUUUGCUACUUGGAACUUCUGUUCGACAACAAUCGUAACAAUAAUUGUGACAACAAUCGAUCAUGGAUUAAUGGAGGGUUGAAGAUUUAUUGGUCUUGUAAAGUGGAUGAAGUAUUUCUAUUUGACUACAAAUAUUGGGAUUUGGACUGAUUUAAUAGAUUUUAUUAUUUUUGGAUCGACAAUCUCAUGACUUUUUAGACUUUUGUUAAGUACCGACUCGGUACUUAACACAAUAAGAAAUAAGAUAAGAACAGCUCUACUACCGAGAGCUGUUCUUAUCUUUUAUUUUGUUCGGUUAAACUUUAUAAUAUUUUAUGAAGAUCGAAAGAAGAAAUGCUGUUAUUGAGUUAUGAUAUAUUUUAUUUUAUGGGAUUGGCCUCCACCUGACAGAUUUUAUGGUCGAAUGUAUACCACUAAAUUGCUAAUAUUUGCAGGGAGUGCCGUUUGUAAAAAUGAAAAAUUGACAAAAUGAAUAAUCAUUAAACCAACUUGAAAUGUUA